UACAAGAAGGAUAAAGCGCAUUUUGAACUGCGUAGGGCAUUAUGGUGAAAAGACUUGUGGAAGUCGGGUGCGCAUUUGUACACUGCGCUUUACUGGAGAAAACUAUCUGAUCGGAUAUUAAUUAAAAUUAUGGAAACCGGCGUUUACAUUAACGGCGCUCCUGCCACAACACCAACUUGCAACGAAAUAAGUAUCAAUGGUAUUUCUAAUGGAGUGCCGUCAUCAGAAGUGGGAUGGACUCCCCCAUCUUCAUUGAAUGCAAAUGAGCAGUUGCGCCAAAUAUUGGAACAGCAAAAUCGACAAUUUAUUGCACUAUUCAAAGCGGUACAGUCACCACCAAAAUCCACCAGACAGGGCGGAAGUAUUACAGUACCAAAAUUUAACCCUGACGUUUGGGGUGUAGAUGCGAUUUCCUGGUGCUCAACUGUGGACGUAAUAAUGGCAGACAAUCCUUUAGAAGCCAGUACACUUAUUAUAGCCCUCAGUAAGUCAAUGGAGGGGUGUGCAUCGUAAUGCUUGUCUCAAAUAAGCUAUGCGGGAAUUACUUGGCAACAAUUUAGAGAGUUGUUUGUGCAGCGAUUUGGAGGUAUUGAGACACCAGCAGCUACUAUGAUUGAUCUAUUCAAUGGUCACCCAAAUGAUAAUGAGUGCAUCUCAGUGUAUGCAAGUCGACUAGUAACCUCACUUAUUCAUAAAUGGAAAUCACUAACUAUUGAGGAAAUAGCUAUCGCAGUGGUUCUUGCACAUUCUGCUCGUUUUGACAACAGUUUGCAACGUUUGUUAUUUAAAACGAGCAUAAAGACACGAAAUGAACUCCAGCAAGAACUCAGAGCCUUUGCGUUUGGCAAAAGAAAGUUUGCUUUUGAAAAUCAGCCAGAGUCAAAGAAACAUAAACCAUCGCCUUACCUAAAAUGCCAUUUCUGCGGAAAAGUGGGCCAUAAAAUCGCCGAUUGCCGGUUGAAAAAAGAUAAAGGCAAAUCAUAAAUGAAAUCAGGUAAAUUUUCGGGCAGCUUGAUAGCAGAAAAAGGUCGAUCAUCACUUAUUUGCUUCAAGUGUGGAGAAGCUGGCCAUAUUGCAUCAAACUGUAACAAAAGCAGCAAUUAGUAUUCAAGCAACAAUAAAUCCGGUUUGGAAAAGAGAGUGGACGCAUGCGAAGUAAUCGAACCUAAGGGAGUACUGAGUCAAUCUGGUGAGUCAUAUCAAUUCUGUUUUGAUUCCGGGGCUGAAUGUUCGCUUCUUAAGGAAACGGUGUCGGAGAAAUUUUCGGGAAAACGUAUAAAUAAUACUGUAUUUUUAAAAGGUAUCGGAAAUACAUCUAUAUGUAGUAAUUUUCAAAUCCUAUCGAAUGUUAAAAUCGGUGAUUAUUCCCUCGAAAGUUUUAUUCCAUGUAGUACUAGAUAAA